CGGGCCGGGCCGGAGGCGCGCCCCAGCGGAGCCCGGGCACCAUGGCGGCCGCCGCCGCCGCCUCGCCCUGCGCGGAGCCGGCCGGCCGCAACAAGCCGGACAACACGGCCUUCACGCAGCAGCGCCUGCCGGCCUGGCAGCCGCUGCUGUCGGCGGGCACCGCGCUGCCGCUCUUCUUCUGCGUGGGCCUGGCCUGCCUGGCGCUGGGGCUGGGGCUGCACUUCUCCUCGGGCACCAUCCGCGAGCUGGAGCUCGACUACACCGGGGCGCCGGGCAGCGGCCACGGCUGCUCCCGCUGCGCCAACGCCAGCCGGGCGGCCGGGGCCGAGGCCUGCACCUGCUCGCUGCGCUUCGAGCUGCCCGAGCGCUUCCCGGGGCCCGUGUGCCUCUACUACGAGCUCUCCAACUACUACCAGAACCACCGGCGCUACAGCGUCUCCCGCGACAACCGGCAGCUCAGCGGGGACGCCGCGGGGCUCCGGAGCCCCGCCACGGAGUGCAGCCCCUUCCGAACGGACCCCCGGGGCCUCCCCAUCGCCCCCUGCGGGGCCAUCGCCAACAGCCGCUUCAACGACACCUUCGCCCUCUACCACCUGGCCAACGGCACCUUCCACCGCGUGCCCCUGGACAACCGAGGCAUCUCCUGGUGGACCGACUCCAACAUCAAGUUCAGCAACCCCGCCCUCCUCAAUGGCACCUUGGAGGCCACCUUCAAGGGCACAGCCAAGCCCCCCAACUGGCCCCAAGCUGCCUACCUGCUGGACUCCAACCCCAACAACACCGGCUUCAUCAACGAGGACUUCAUCGUGUGGAUGCGCAUCGCUGCCCUGCCUACCUUCCGCAAGCUCUACCGCCGCGUGCGUGAGGGCAACUUCUCCUCUGGCCUGCCCCAGGGCACCUACUGCCUCAACAUCACCUACAACUACCCUGUCCUCUCCUUCCAGGGCACCAAGAAGGUCAUCUUCAGCACUGUUUCCUGGAUGGGGGGCAAGAACCCCUUCCUGGGCAUUGUCUACCUGGUCUUUGGCUCCGCCUGCAUCCUCACUGGCUUUGUCAUGCUGGCUGUGCAUAUCAAGUUCCAGCAACAAAACCAGAUGGAUGUGGAAUAGAGAGAUGGAGUCCAAAUGCCCCCAAACUUUGGAGGAAGUUGUGCUUCAGAUCCAAACUUUUCUCCUAGCAUCCAGGCCUCAUCCUUCUCUUUCACUGUUAUAAUUCUGAUCUCAGUGGGUUUACUGUCAACUCUCACCACUGUAAGUGGGAGCAGAAUUGGGCCUUCCGUGUCUGUAAUGGGCUGAAUGAAACCUCCUUCUCCUUGCCACAAAACUGGUUCAAACUCUACAGCUCCAACUUAUUCAGACUGAGUGAUAAGAGCAUCACUUGGUGUAUAUCUGUGCACCUAAAGGAUCACUGUCAGAUUUUCUUUUUGCCUAACACAAUUACCAAUGUUUCUAAUGACACCAUAGACUUUUUUCUUUUUAGGAGUGGAAGAAUUUCAACCUGUUUUUCAUCCUACACUCUUUUCCUCUGUCUGGGUUUAACUUCUGUUUUUCUAACCUUUUUCUACCAAUGAAAGUGAAGCUUGCUAGUCUGUUUAUUUAUAGAUUCUAGUCAAUUGCAUAUUCAGGUUACCAUGCAUUAGCACAAUGACCUGCUGUUUGGAUUGCAAACUUUACAGUGGAUUGUCUUUAAAAUCUAAUCAUAUCAUUUAAUAAUCUUAACGUUUCCAGUAGAUCUGACAGGAUUUUUACAGGACCUGUAUUUGAGGCCUAAGUUAUUGGUGCCUUUUUCUUUAAAGUAGUAAAAGGGGCAUUUGGCAGUGUCUUAGAAAGACCAAAGAUCAGCAAGAGACCUUUUUCACAGUGGUGAGCGCUACCAUAUUGCUUGAGCCCAAGGUGUAAAACACUCCCAUAAAGAAGCAUCACUCUGCUGGUGGUUGAUAAUCCAAUUGUCAACUGUUUUAAUUUUAAAAAUACUUUUUUUCUUUAAAUUUUUGAAGAGUAGGAAUGUAUAGUAGUCCUCAGUGAAAUGGAAAAAAUUGAACUGGAGCUGUCCAAAAGGAUAAACUUUAAGCUUGAUAUUAAUCCUUAGUGAGAGACUAUCUUGUGAGAUACCAGCUGGGUAAGUGGUAACAGUGAUCCAAAACUAUUUUUCUUCCCUCUUUCCUUCCUCUCACUUGAGGUCUUGCUAGUAGAUGCAGAGUGACUUUACCUAUAAGCAUCUUCUGAACAAAAUUGACUAGUGGUGGUGGAGUCCACUUAUGGCAAAAGGCUCCUUUCUUUCUCUGCUGUAGAUUUAUCUUCCAUUGAAAAGGGUAGAAGGAUCUUUCCUCGUCCAUAUGUUCUUUUUCUAAAAGAUAUUGCUAAGAAUGGCAUUAAAUAACUUUGAGACAAGAAACACUUAUAUGGUAAUGAAAAUUGGUCAUCCAACUUGCUUAUCUAAAAUAAAUAACUUAAUAAUCUUUUCAACCAAAACAUACCCAAUCAUGUGUUCAAAAACAGUGACCCCAGCUAGGAGACUAGUCUGGGUUCUCAAAUAUGUAUUUUCUUGAAUGUUUAUAUUUUGUUUCUGUCCUUUGCUGUUUUUUUCCCCUCUUAAAGAGUUGAGUUGACAACAAGUUAAAGUGACGGUACCUUGGGAACCAUCACUUGAUAGUGGCUGCUUAUGAGAGGUACUCUGGUUAGCCCUGAUUAGGAUUCCAUAUUAGAUGUCUGAAUGUCUGUGGCAUGUAGAUGAUCUUUAAUUCACAAUGUAACUGCUCCCCUUGUCACAUCUAUGUAUAUUUGAAGUCUUUGGGCAAGUGUGGAACCUCUUUUUAAUUUUUCAAGUUGGGUGAUUCUUACUGCAGAAAAGUUUCUUCAAACUGAAUUAUAAAUGCAGGCUUAUUACGACUUCAGAAGCAGUGUCUUUUAUACCAGUGCUGUGAACUGCAUGUCAGUUGAAACUUGAAAAGUUAUGUAAAGACUUAACCAAAUUGCUUUUAGUUCUUUGAAAAUGCUUUGAAGUACACGAGUAAUUGUCUGUCUGAGAAAUGACUUCGCAUAUUAAAUGACCUUUUUUUCAAGUUCA